UCAGACCGAGCAGUUGGUUUGGCUUUAGGACUCCGGAUUUGUCUGAAGUCAGGCGCUGUGGAGAAGGCGCCAGGUGAGGCAGUCAAGUCGGUGUAAGUUGGGCUUGUUCAGGAGGGUAAACGCAGGCGGGAGGUGAGGAACAACAGUCAGCUCUGAGUUAGUGAGUGAGGAAGUGAGGGGGCUUUACGGACGCAAAAAAAAAAACAACCCCGGAACUCGAAACGGUCGGAAACGAGCUAACAUCAGCUAGCUUUUCGUUGACAGUGUGUUCGCUGUCAAAGCAGCCGCAACUCCGCGGAGGAAAGGCGGAAGGCUCUCUCACGUUGAGCGCUUCUUUUUUUUUAAAAGCCUUCCGGACUUUUAUUUACACAUUCAAAACCUCUUUGAGUUUCCGUCACUUUAAAAAAAAAACAACCACUUGUGGAUCCAGAAGAUGGCAUCAAGAGGGGGCUUCCCGGCUCCCCAGAUGAAUCCGACUGUGAGCCCCAUGAAUAUUGGCCAUAUCCCGGGCAUGAGGAUGCCUGGGAUGCCGCAGCCUCCGGCGGGUUACCCCCGGAGCAUGACCAGCACUCCCCAAUACCACCAGCGAUCUGGGAUGCCUCCUAGCAGAUUGGGAGGCCUCAUAGGAUCCAUGGGGGGUCAGAUGCCGGGCCCUUCUUACGGCGGUGGCAGCAUUCCGAUGCGUCCAGGCAUGGGCCAUCCCGGCAUGGACGCCUCAAGGAAGCGCUUCCUUCAGCAGCAGCAGGAGGCGCUGGGAGGCCCAAGAAGAGGAGCAAAAAGGCGCAAAAUGGCCGACAAGGUUCUUCCUCAAAGGAUUCGAGAUCUGGUCCCCGAGUCUCAGGCCUACAUGGAUCUUCUGGCCUUUGAAAGGAAGCUGGAUCAGACUAUCGCUCGGAAACGCAUGGAAAUUCAGGAGGCCAUCAAGAAGCCGAUCAUGCAAAAGCGCAAGCUUCGCAUCUACAUUUCCAACACUUACACUCCCAGCAAGCCGGAGGGAGAGGAAUCUGAGAAAGUGUCCUCCUGGGAGCUGAGAGUGGAAGGCAAACUCCUGGAGGAACCUGGUAAGCAGAAGAAGAAGUUCUCCUCUUUCUUCAAAAGUCUGGUGAUUGAGCUCGAUAAGGAGCUUUAUGGACCUGACAAUCACUUAGUAGAGUGGCACAGAAUGCCCACCACUCAGGAGACGGAUGGUUUCCAGGUGAAAAGGCCGGGCGAUGUGAAUGUAAAAUGCACUCUUCUGCUCAUGCUUGACCACCAGCCCCCGCAGUACAAGCUGGACCCUCGCUUGGCGCGUCUUCUGGGCGUUCACACGCAGACUCGGGCCAGCAUCAUGCAAGCUCUCUGGCUCUACAUCAAGAACAACAAGCUGCAGGACAGCCACGAGAAGGAGUACAUCAACUGCAACCGCUACUUCAGACAGAUUUUCGGCUGUCCACGCAUGAAGUUCUCUGACAUUCCCAUGAAACUAGCAGGCCUGCUGCACCACCCCGACCCCAUCAUCAUUAAUCACAUCAUCAGUGUGGACCCCACCGAUCAGAAGAAAACGGCCUGUUAUGAUAUCGACGUAGAGGUGGACGACCCUCUGAAAGGCCAAAUGAACAGCUUCCUGUCCUCCACCACCAACCAACAGGAAAUUGCUGCUCUUGAAAUGAAGAUCCAUGAAACGAUUGAAUACAUUAACCAGCUGAAGACGGAGAGAGACUUCAUGCUGAGCUUCAGCAAUAAUCCACAAGAGUUCAUCAAGGACUGGUUGAAGUCUCAGUGCAGAGAUCUGAAGCUGAUGACCGAUGUAGCAGGAAACCCAGAAGAAGAGCGAAAAACUGAGUUCUACCAGGAACCCUGGGUUCCUGAAGCAGUGGGCAGAUAUGUCUAUUCCAAAGUGCAGCAGAGGAAGCAGGAGUUGGAGCAAGUGUUGGGCAUCCGACUCACCUAAAGACGGAUUCUCGUUUCUUCGUAGCCACCGGUCGGCUUAAGUCAGCUCAUCCAAUCUUGACAUCUGCUUCUUUGAAACUGGAAAUAGUUCAGCCAUUCUUGCAGGUUAAAAUGUUUAACACAGCCUUUUUCUCUUGGCAAGAAAGUGGGACAAAAGUGAUGAUUUAUGUGUUAUGUAGUAAAGUAUUUGCUUGGCAUUGUCUGUCAUUGUGAGCAUUUAAAAAAAAAAAGGUGCCUUGUUUUACAUAUUUUAUAUAUGGUACAAAAUCCUGAAAACCAAUAAGUGCUGGUGCUGUAUUUUAUUUUUUAUUUUAUUUUAUUUACCAUUUACUAGAGGGGUCUUUGCUCAUAUUAAAGAGAAGUAACCUUUGAGGUGCUGUGGUGGCGCAGGGGCAAAGCAUAGCCCACAUAUUGAGGCCAUAAUCCUCGAGUCGGUGGUCGCAGGUUUGAUUCCCGGCCUGGCGACAUUUGCCACAUGUCUUCCUCCUCUCUCAUUACUCUUUCCUGUUUAACUACCUUCAAAUAAAGGCCACUAGAGCCAACAAAACGUUUAAAAAAAGAGAAGUAACAUUUAAAUACCCAAAGUGCCCAGUGUCUAGUAAAUGCUUCAAAGCAUUUUAAAAAUUACCAUCCCAUUAUUUGUAGGACAUCAGAACAGGAAGCUCUUUUUAUGCAAAAAUAUAUUUGAGUAAUUUGUGCUGUUUAUGUUUUUAAUAGUCUUUUAAGAUUUGAUAUGUGAGAAAGCACUUCACUGGCUUUCACCAUUACCUUCUGAAGGUUUACAUGCUAUUUUCUUUGUGUUUAUCAUUGUUUUAAGACCAAAAGGAGAAAUCUUGGCAGACUUUGUGGAAGUUUAUUAAUAAUUAAUAGUGCAAAUUCCAACGUGUUAGAUCUUUAGAACUUAUGAAGAGUUUAAUUAAAAUCCUCUGUAAAGGUUUGAACCAUUCCACCGUAUUGUGCCAAAAUGUGUUUUGUGAAUAAGAAAUGUGUACAAGUAUUUUUGGAAAGCUUCUUUGUAAAAUGUUGGCUUGUUUGUUCAAAAGCUUUUAUCUUUUAUACAUUUGAGGUAUUUUUCAAUAAAUAUACUUAUAAAUCUU